UAUGUUGUGUUUAAGCAAAAUUAAUAUAAUUUGUUUAAAAGUCGGAAUAUAUCCCUUUCUUAAGGAGUUUUUUUCGUGUGAAAUGGUAAAGGAUAAAAUAUUGCAGCGCUAAUGCUGCACGUAUUCAAAUAUUGCAACUGAUUAACCGGCACAAUUUCAGGGAGUUCCCGAUAGUCCAACGUCUUACCAUGGUAGCGAAUAAACGAAACAUACAUCAGUACAGAGUGUGAGAUACUGCAAAAUAAUAUCAAAAGAGGUUGAUCAAUUAAGAUUCCUAAUAUAUUAACAAUUCGUUUCCGCUUUAUUCAAAACAAAUGCUGGCAACAAUUAUAAACACAUGGUAAUCGAUGUUGGUUUCUAUGAUUUAUAACUCUUUGGACAAUACAUAAAGUGACAUGUAUCAUAAAUAAUGUGAUGAUAACAUAAUAAUUUGUUCCGACAAACCUACUCAUAUAACCACUAGAAUGGAUUCGGCUGAAGAUAUUGGAAUCGAACAGUUCAUUGCAAUGCUUGAGGCUGCCAACAACUCACAGAGAAAGACUUUGAAUGAUUUUUUGAACGGCUCAAGUCAAAAUGCGAAUGGAAGUUUACCGGCUAUUGAUGCCGAGGAAGCAAUUAUAGGGCGAAGCCUCGUUUUAACUGUGCUAUACGGUAUUCUAAUUGCUGUUGCGCUGUUCGGCAAUGUUUUGGUUUGCCAUGUGAUCUUCAGUCGAAGACGCAUGCGCACAGUUACCAACAUAUUCAUCGCGAAUCUAGCCGUUUCCGAUCUGAUAAUUAUUGUUUUGAAUGUUCCCUUCAAUAUUGCUAAAACGUUAAUGAACGAGUGGCUGUUUGGAAAUGCAAUGUGUGUCAUAACUAAUAUGUCACUGAUAGCUUCUGUCUAUGCUUCAACAUUCACGCUUACUGUCAUAUCUUUAGACAGACAGCGUGUGCUGCUGUACCCAUUAAGACCAAGGAUUUUAAAAUCGGGAGGACUUAUUAUGGUCGCUGUUAUUUGGAUAGUAUCCAUCAUUCUAUCAUUACCAUUUGGUAUUUUCAGUGGCACUCGAGAAGUGGAUUUAUUGUAUGCCAAAAAGCUUCGUUGUAGCUCUCUUUAUCCGAGUGAAUUAUUUGAACAGCUUCUUACUGUCUUUACAAUUGUAAUCCAGUACGUUGUCCCUCUGGCAGUUAUCAGCGUAACAUAUGGCAGAAUUGUGCGUCGUAUUUGGGAACGGAGUGAUCUUGGGGCGGUGACGGCAAAUCAACACGCAAGUCGAUCUAAAAACAAGAAGAAAAGCAUCAAAAUGCUUCUGAUUGUUGUCAUCGUGUUUGCAAUAUGUUGGAUGCCAUUAAACCUAUACCAUAUUCUAACAGACCUACACCCCGACACGGAAACCUUUCAUUACAAUGCAACGGCUUUCUUCGUUUGUCAUUGGAUAGCCAUUAGCAGCACGUGUUACAAUCCGUUCAUAUACUGUUGGCUAAAUGAAGCCUUUAGGGCCGAGAUUAGAGCAGUGUUUCGAUGUUGUUGUCCUAUGGAAGUAGGAAUAUAUCCGAGAGAUCACCAUGCCAACGAUAAGAUGGAUACCGUUAGCCAAUCGGAUUCUAUGUCAAUGCAUAUUAAGCCAAAGGGAAUCUUUUUGCAACGAGAACCAACUUAUUUAACGCAAACUAAGUUUGCCAGUUUAAGUCAAGCCAAAUCAUCGCGGAAAAAUCAAGUGUGCAGCAGAAAUUGUCCCAAUGGGCCAUGCUACUGUAUGGCCCACCGAAAGUGGAACUCGGAAAACCCUGAAUGUGAAGGGCUUAUGGCCGCUCCUCGGGUUUCAGGCAACAUCUCCAGUUUUAAUGAGUAGACCAGACGCUUACAGUAUUUCGUCAAAUAAAAGUGAAGCGAUUUCAUCUACUUGCAACUUAGUUUUGACAUUUAUUGUGUACACUCUUAUGUCAUACUGUUUAUUAUUGAUAAUGAUAUUCAUACUCGCUUACAAGCGAUUAUUAUGACGUUAAAUAUAUUAAGCUGUUUGAGAAUAUAUGAACCAUGAUUAAAAGGUUAUGUUAAUUAACCGAUUAAAGUAAAUUCUUUAUUCACAUACUUUCGGUUCGGAUGGAAAAUUUGUACAUUUCAUAUCAGUAAAUUCUGCUUUAUUACAUGUAGUAGAGAGGUCGAGCUAACCUUUAGAAAUGACUGUAAAUAAACGUCAC